AUGUCUAAACAAAAUAACAGCAAUUCAGGACGAAAACUCAAUGAAGUUUGGAAUUUUUUUACUAAAACACCACUUAAAUCAGCUGGCCAUUUUUCUGCUAAAUGUAUCUUUUGCAAUCGUAAUUGGGGUAGAGCAUAUGUGAAAAGUUUACAAGCACAUCUAUCUAAUGAUUGUGUUGAAUGUCCUAAUGAUAUACGUAAUUUUUAUCUUGGAGUUUUAUCAACAAAUGAUAAUAUGUCAGUUGAUGAUAAUUUGUCAUCAAAUUCAAGAAUGUCAAUUCAGUCAACUAAUUCAUUUAAAAGAAAAAAACUUGAUGGGCAGCAAGGGAUUGAAGAUUUUUAUGAGGGCAAAGAACUCACAGAUUCAAAAAAGGAUGCAAUCAACACAGCAUUGGUAAAAGCAUUUGUUGGAUGUGGAAUUUCAUUUAAUGUCAUUAAUAACCCAUUUUUUAAAGAACUUCUACAUGAAUUAUGA